GCAACGGCGGCGCGCGCUUUUGAAAACGGAAGGGAUUCAAAACGCAAAGACUGCGCGAGGUGCUGUAUUGCCCGGUGGGACGCCGAGGCAGCUGCGGAGCCCUGUCGGGGGCGCUCGGAACCGGUUUCCAGGCCUGGACCUCCCGUCCUCCCGCCCUGCGGCUCCGGACCUAAUGGAAGGACCUAGACCUUCCAUUAUUAUGGCAGAAGAAGUCGGUAAUUUCAAGACACCAACUAAAUUAUCUGAAAAAAAGAAACCUGCAUUAUGUUCAAAUCCAUGUAUAAAUAUUCCUGCCUCUCCAUUCAUGCAGAAGCUUGGCUUUGGUACUGGGGUCAGUGUCUACCUUAUGAAAAGAUCUCCAAGAGGUUUGUCUCAUUCUCCUUGGGCUGUGAAGAAGAUUAAUCUGAGAUGUGAUGAUCAUUAUCAAAGUAUAUAUCAAAAGCGACUAACCAGUGAAGCUAAGAUUUUGAAAGACCUUCAUCAUCCGAACAUCGUAGGCUAUCGUGCUUUCACUGAAGCCACUGAUGGUAGUCUGUGCCUUGCUAUGGAAUAUGGAGGUGAAAAGUCUCUAAAUGACUUAAUAGAAGAACAAUAUAAAAAGAGCCAAGAUCCUUUUCCAGCAGCCAUCAUUUUUAAAGUUGCUUUGAAUAUGGCAAGAGGGUUAAAGUAUCUGCACCAAGAAAAGAAACUGCUUCAUGGAGACAUAAAAUCUUCCAAUGUUGUAAUUAAAGGUGACUUUGAAACAAUUAAAAUCUGUGAUGUAGGAGUCUCUCUACCAUUGGAUGAAAAUAUGACUGUGACUGACCCUGAGGCCUGCUACAUUGGCACGGAGCCUUGGAAACCCAAGGAAGCUUUGGAAGAGAAUGGUAUUAUUACUGACAAGGCAGACAUAUUUGCCUUCGGCCUUACUCUGUGGGAAAUGAUGACUUUAUCUAUUCCACACAUUAAUCUUCUAGAUGGUGAUGGUGAAGAUGAAACUUUUGAUGAAAGUGACUUUGAUGAUGAAGCAUAUUAUGCAGCUUUGGGAACUAGGCCACCUAUUAAUAUGGAAGACCUGGAUGAAACGUACCAGAAAGUGAUCGAGCUCUUCUCUGUGUGCACAAAUGAAGCUCCUAAAGAUCGUCCUUCUGCUGCACAGAUUGUGGAAACUUUGGAAACAGAUGUCCAGUAAUAACCUCAUGUUCAUGACCACCUGACCUUCAAGUAUGGCUCAUGUAUAUAACUGCUGUGUACUGUAAUACAUCUGUAUAGUUACUAUGAUCUGUAAUUAUUCAACAUUUUGGUAGUGGCCUAUUUUAGGACCAUAGCAGCUGUUAACAUUUGAACAACUUUCUGAUAUAAAGGUAUUUCAUGUAUGCUUACGAUAGGCAUUUGAGAUGAUAGUGGGUUUUCUAUAAAGUUUAAGAAAUGAGCUACUCAGUAUUUGAACUUGUUCAUACAGAUUUGACACUAGCAAUAAAAUGCUAUAGUGUUUAUCUAAUGUUAAUUUGGAUUAAGUGACUUACUUUUAUUAAUGAUCUUUCUCAGAUAUUUUCUAUUUUAAUGGAUCUGCUGAAAUCUUUGUGCAGUACAGAAUGAGUCUACGUUAGCUUCACUUUUGCUGGCCUUCCUUGGCAUGCGCUUGUUGUCACUGCCAGCUGAGAGACUGGCUCAAAAGGUUAGCUCCACAUAUUUUCAGCCAAGGCAUGUCUUGUUCUCUUGGAUCUCCCUAGACCUUUGGUUUUUGCUUGAAUUUAUCUAAUGUAUUUUCUGUACUGAUCCUUUUUAUUUACUAAUCUAUCUUAAGUAUUUCAAAGUUCUGGUGUAAAAAUGAUAAAGCUCUUAUAAUAUCGAAUAAAGGACACUUUAGUUACCAGAAAG